CCAAGGGGAGAUUUAUGGAUGAUCACGCAAGAACGAAGUACUUACAUGGCAGCGCAAGUAACAAUCCGUGCUUUGUUUACGGUGUCAACGAGUGGCGCACAGGUCCUAGGGCGACUACGCUUCAACAAAGGUAGUGAAGAUGCUGGUGGCUGUGCUGGUCCAAUUUUCGUAGACAAUACCCUCACUGCCUAUGGUGUCCUACAACGAAUGAAAUGGAGAAUGCACAAACAUCUUAACACCGCGUUUCAAUUGAUGGCAUUUUUUAACAGUUCAGGAAGAAUUUCCUAUUGCGGUGGUUGGUGGAUCUGUGAUUUGGAGAGAGGGCACAGGGCUCCGUCGAAGAGGCACCCUAGCUUCAGCGAAAUAACGACGACCAGUGUCAGAUGGAUUUGAUUGUUUCGCCGUGCCCGACCCACGUCGAGGCAGCACUUUCCCAAGUAGAGAAAUCCUAUUGACGAAAGUACCAAAGGAGAACCAAAGACGAACACUGCCUUAACGUGUCUCUUUCCUAUAUCAUCCGAGAUUCUGACCCGGAAGAUGAGAUUUCUCAAUUACACUUAAGUCGAUUACCUUUAACCUUUUCGCUACGGCGAAUUUGCCCGCAAAUGCGUUAUCCCGGUACGAGGCAAUCCUAACGCAGACACACUUAAAAAGUAAAAAACAUGAAGUAAAUCUAAAAUAAAAGAAACGAAAUACAAGAAAUCAGCAAUCAUACAGAUAACAUAUUGUACAUAUAUUCUGCUCCAUCAAAGUUAAAAGUGAAUGUGAAAUUUAACGAGUGACUAAAGUCAUUGUCAGUGCAUGGCGAGCUUCAGACGUUGAGUGACUAGUCACCGUUAGUAGCGAAAAGGUUAAGGAUGUCUGUGCUAAAGCCGUUUCUCGCGGAAUCUAAGAGGUAGGAUAAGAUGGUAUAGAAGUAGCAUCGUGUGAGCCCCAUUGAAUCAUUCAACUUUAUCCUUAAGACAUUUAACGUAUCUUUACAAACAGCAAAGAUAUUUGAGGUGCAAACGUUAGGUGACUCACCCUGUAUACACGCAUACUUACUUUUGAUAUAACGCUAUAUAUAUAUAUAUAUAUACAUAUGCACUCACUGAUACUAGGUAGCUCUGCCACGUUAUACUCACCUUUGUAAAGGGAACCACUGUAGAUAGAGAACCCUGAGAGGAGCAUCUAGAAUUUUCUUAUGCAUAAUCAAUAUCCGCUCCCAUGCUCCUCAAGUAACGUCUGCUACUAAUAAAUUCACGUGCAGUAUCUAUAGCUGAUGAGUUAGCAUCAGAAGAUGACCAGCUCUAAGAACGCUGACGGCCGAUAAGCCCGUCAGUUACCCAGCAUCCUUUUCAAUACGAAUAGAGGACCCAGAGCCCAAUCUCAGUAGUCCUACCAGAGCCGUUCAUCUUGUGCACAUCAAGCCUAAAAAGUAAUCUACAGUAGUUCUCUACGAGUAUUUAACCCUAAAGGGUGAUCUACCGCAGUUCUUCACGAGUCUCACCAUCUUGUAACUAUAUGUAAGUCAUUAUAUUAUAUCAACUAUCCAUUAUUGUACUCUGUGCAUUUUAUUCCGACCAUACAUCUCCACCUCCAAUCCUACGUACGGAAUCUCGCACAUCCUAAAUUAUUCACGACUACUAUCAUUCUUUAAAUCGGUACUCUACAAUAAGACCCGACGUAUGUACUUCAAUUACUAUCUUUAUUAUAUCAACUACUCGAUUCUUAUUCG